AUGAACCACCUGCUUGCACCACGGUCUAUUUUCUACCUAAAUUCAAAAGUGCCUACGAUACGGCCAGAAAUCUUACGAUGUCGCCUCUUUUGCUACACCUCCAGGCUUCAAGGGUUACCGCAACAACCCUCUUAUAGACAAAGUUAUAACCCUCAAUUUCAGUCUCGAAUUGAAAAACGAACUUUUUUGUCGUCAUUUAUCCCUUCUCCGCCCCAAGCUUCUAACAAUGGGGACGGAAAUGGCAACAACAAAGCCCGCAUCCUGACAGCCUCCCGCACACUUCCCUACCCGCCAUCCCCCUUAUUCAACGUAAUAUCCUCCGUUGAAUCCUACGCCGAGUUCCUCCCCUUCCUCACCGCGUCCACUGUUACGGCCCGUGACCCCGAGACACGGUAUCCGACGCAGGCGUAUCUCACAGUCGGAUAUGGGCCUCUUAGCGAGACGUUUACGUCGAAGGUUGACUGUAAUCGGGAGAGUUGGGUUGUUGAGGCGCGGAGCGGGGAAAGGUUUGGGAUCUUCGAGUAUCUGAGCACGAGGUGGGAGUUGGUUCCGGAGACUGCUUCUGAGGGGGGAGACGCGAGGACCACGGUUAAUCUGGAGAUCCGGUUUGAGUUUAAGAGUCAGUUGUAUGCGAGUAUGAUGAGUGCAGUGGAAGGGCAGAUGGCGGGGAUUAUGAUCGAGGCAUUCGAAAAGAGGAUUAGAGAAGUGCAUGGGAGGUGAG